AUCGCGUCGUGUCGCACGUUUACUAUCGUAUCGAAAACACAACAACACACUGUCAGUCGCCAAAUCCGGACCGGACCGUGGAGUGGAAGUUAAUUAUUUUGCACGAGCUUUCUGUUCCAUUAUUUCUUUAUCUGCGUCCCCUACCUGGCAUACAGUUUCGGUAAGUGACGCGUGAAAGACCGGCGAAAUGGAUAAUAUCAACAUCAAAGGCCUUAGUGAGGCUGUGCAGAAGAGAAGAGCACUCUGGGAUUCUUCGGUACCGGAGUAUAAAGAUAAAAUUGUGCGGACACUUUAUUGGGAGGAUUUGUGUGUAUCGCUGAUUCCCGGCUUCAAGCAACUAGAAACUAAGGAAAAACUAGCAACAAUUUUUCAAAUUCAGCAUAAAUGGCAAUGUAUUCGAAAGGCUUACAUACAUUCACUGCGAAUAGAAAAACGUAGUAAACCGUAUCGUUAUCACAAAUAUUUGUCAUUUUUGAAAAAAUUAGCGAAGCCAUCAAGAAACACUGCACCACCUCGAUCAGCUGAUAGCGAUGUACGAAACGAUAGUGACGUGAAGGAAGAUUUAGACGAACAAAGUGAAUUGAAUGUUGAUGAAGUUAGUGGCUCGCCGAUGAUUGUUUACCCCGAAACGAAAAAUCGUCACAGGACUCCCGCUCAGCAGCCAUCAUAUGCAGAAGACGAAAAUGACGACAUGAUCUUUUUUCGAUCAUUACUGCCAAUGGUCGAACACCUUUCCAUUCGACAGAAAAUUGAAUUUCGGGUAGGAAUCAUGAAAAUGGCUUUGUACUACACCGAGAAUGACGAAGCUUCGCCGGAACCAUUCGAACCCGUUCCACUUCCUCAACAGCCAUCCUCAUCCAGCGACUUUGCGGUUGUUCAACAUGAUCCAUCUGUUCCUGUCAGUCCGCACGAUGAAAGCAUGCCACCAUUUGUACAACCGAAGUUGGAGAUCUGUGACCUUAUUAGUGAUGAUUCUUCAGAGGGUCCACUUUGAAUGAUGAGAUUGUAAUUAAACUAU